ACAUCGAACACCAGUUAAAACUGAAAAUUAAAAACUAAAAACCACUGAAAACAAAUGGUUAGAACUUAGAAGCGACUUGAGGUUUACUCAGAUUCAGGUAAUAUAAUGUCAGAAAAAGAGCAAGUUAUACAGGCUUUACGUGCUACCCUAAUUUCUGUUAAAGGUGCACUCACAUUGAAACAAUGUAAUAGAGAUUAUCGAGAGCUACAAGGUGAAUAUAUACCAUAUAAAAAAUUAGGAUAUACAACAUUGGACAAGUUGUUUCAUGAUGUACCAGGAUUUAAGAUUUCUCAAGUUAAUGGCGAAUGGGUUGUAGAUGCAAUAGCUAGUCAAGAAACUCAGCAUAUUGCAUCAAUGGUAGCCCGCCAGAAAACAAGCAAGAAGGCCUCAGCAAAGCUUAGUUAUGCAAAUAAUUUUUCUAAGAAGCAAGGCUCUUGGCGGAAACCCACUACUCAGUAUCAGACAAAUAAUUAUGUUGAUCAAUACUCAAAGAAAUUUUAUAGACCUAAUAAUUCACUAUCUCCAUACAAUAACAACAAUUACAAUAAGUUCAAUAAAUUUAAUAAAUAUAAUGAAUACAAAGGUACAUCAUACACUAAACCAAGGCCAUUAUUAGAAACAAAUGACCAAAAUGUUACGAAAACUGUAAGCCAACCUACAAAUGAGAGAGAACCGACUAAUGUUUCUGACGAAAUUCAACAUUCCACUAAACCUGAAAAAUUUACUGAAGUUAAGCCAUCAGGUAAAAUAUCGGCAUCGCAAAGACUUUCGAACUUACGGGACCGCCUGAAUACUGUUGACCUCAUACCCUUACAGCUUCCAGUUCACCACGAAGUUAAAGAAUCUCAGCCAGUUGUAACACCACAAACAGUGAAAUUGGAGCCACCCCCAGAUUUGCUAUCUUCCACGGCUAAACUAGAGUGGAUGUGCCAAAAGCUUGGCCUUCCUGAACCUGUUUAUAAAGUUCACGACUUUUUACCAAAGCAGGGCUCCAAGACUUACGACUGCAGUGUAAAAGUAGGCAACGAGUACACUGCCCGGACGUACCCUAACUCAUCGCCGACGGAGGAUUUAGCAAAGGAAUUGGCGGCCCUCAAAAUAUUAGAUGUUAUAAUGGAAAAAGCAUCCUUACAUUUAGAAACACUCCGAACCUCGUCAAGUGAGGACGCGCUUGCGGGACUAGUGAGCCUGGUCUCUGAUCACUCAGCUGGUGUUUGGGCGUUUGAUGUCCCACGACUAUACACAGAAAAAUAUAACGAGAAAUUGCCUAACGAUUGGGAGAAGUUGGUGGAGAAAUGUCCAAAUAUUCUCAAGGAAAGGGUUGUCAAUGAUCAAUUAGUAUUGUUGCCCAAUACUCAGCAAACAACGAAUCUUCUCAGUGAAAGAAAUCGUCAGGAGAUCACAAUAGAGAGCGAUUUACCCCCCCUGCAAUUUCCGGAUCAUGACUUUUGGAAUGUGUUUAUAACUGUCGCCAACUCCACACUCGAAAUUUGGCUAAGGAUUAUAGGCACAGAAUAUAGUGAUGCUUUCGAGGUCCUUUUAGCUGACAUGGAUGCGCACUACAAAAAUUCUGGUACAUGUGUGGACAAAUCUAUGAUUUUGAUUAAUGCCUGGUACGCAGUUAAACUUGAAGAAGGCGGCUGGCAACGAGCGAAAAUUCUAGAAAUCGACGACAGGAAAGCGACCGUGUUCCUCGGCGACCACGGAGACGACGAUGUGGUUCCCCUCAACAACAUCAAGAUACUCGAACCGCAAUUCAGAAAGCUGCCCGCUCAGGCCAUCCUGUGCCGGCUGGAGGGCGCGGAGGAGCUGGCGGCGUCUGCGGCUGGCGCGGCGCUGGUGCGGCGGCGGCUGCCGGGCGAGGUGCUGGUGGCGGCGCCCGGCCCCCGCCACGACCCCGCCGACCCCUCCGUCGCCCUCGUGCUCUACGACACCUCCACCCACCGCGACCUCAACCUCAACCACGAGAUCGUGCACGACUUCUGCAUGGCCGGCGCCUUCACGAUCACGCAGAAAGCGAGCGAGGUGGAGGUGGGUUGCGUGACUGAGGAGGGGCGCGUGUGGGUGUGUCGCGCGGGCGGCGCCGCCACCGUGCGCGCAGCGCUCGCGCUGCUCACGGCCGGCCCCUACCGCCGCCCCCUGCCCGCCGCGCCCAAGGCCCCGCCCCCGAACCAGCGCACGCUCUACAUCGUGCGCACCAUCGACGGGGACUGGGUCCGCUGCACCAUAAUAAGCGGUCUAGACGGCGAGGGCACGGUGCGCACGCAGCUCGUAGACAGCGGCCUCAUACUGCGCGCGCCGCUCUCCUCCCUCGUGCCCUUACAGUCCUUCUCACCAGCUUUGAAUACUUACCCGCAUCAGGCGCUGCAGGUGCGUCUGGCGGGCGCGGAGGCAGCGGCGGCUGCGAUGGUGGGGCGGCUGCGCGAGCUGUUGGUGGGCGCGCGCGUGCUGUGCCGCGCAGUCGGCGCCCCGCCCCCCGCCCCCGCCGCGCCGCAGGUCGAGCUGUUCGUGCGCACCGGCCCGCAGAACAUGCUCGCCUCCGUCAACAACGACAUCACGCUGCAACACGAGCAGCUCACACAAGGCAAGUCAAAGGAAGCGGAAAAGGAUUCCGACGGCUUUAGCGACGCAGUGGAGGCGCUGCACAAAAAGAAGGAGCGGAUAUUCCGCAGCACGUCCGCGCCGGACGAGCGGCCGGCGGGCGCGCUGCCGCCGCCGCCGCUGCCCGCGCCCGGACAGAGCUUCGACGUCUUCGUCGCCAUGGCCGCCAACCCGUGGAACUUCGUGGUACAGCCGAACAGUACCCGGCACACGUUCCACGCGAUGAUGGCGACACUGCAGGUGGAGUGCCCCAAGAUCCCCGAGAGCGAGGCCCCCGCCAGUCCCGCCAGCGGCGAGCUCUACACCGCCUACUACAAAAACGACUCCUCCUGGUAUAGGGUGGUGAUCGCGGGCGUGGUGUCGACGGAGAUGGUGUCGGUGUAUUUCUGCGACUUCGGCGACCUGACGGUGUUGUCGGCGCGCGCGCUCCGUCCCGUGCCCGCUGCGGCGCCGCUCGCGCGCUCUCUGCCACCGCAAGCCAUCAAGGCGCGCCUACACAACGCGUGGCCACUGCACCAGGACUGGACGGUGGAGGACUGCCUGCGGUUCCAGGAGCUGUGCGUGGAGCAGCAGUUUGUGGGCGUGUGCCGCGAGGUGAGCCGCGACCCCCUCAACCCGCACGAGCCGCUGCUCACGCUCGACCUUAUAGACACCUCCACCGACGACGACAUCUACCUCAACAGCCAGCUCGUCGCCGAGCGCCGCGCCCGACCCGACCCCCCCAACUGAUACGCGACCCGACCGCGACCCCCGCGCUAGCCGGAUAGCGCGAUAGGGGCCUAAAAUUCACCUGCAAACUUAUCUGACUAGUUUUACACCACAUUCGUCUGGCCCCGGGCUAAAUACACGAUGGACUUGUCUUACGACGAUUAUUAAUAUUUGUUUUCAAAUAAUUAAUCAAUAUCAAUUACCAAGGUUCGAAAAAAAAAAUAGUUCCGUGGUCGGCAGCAUUCGGGUUCGAUCGGCCGUGACAUUCGGCGCUGAAUCGCUAAGCCACAGAAGUCGCCAUUAAAGGAGAGAUGCGAUUAUUAAUUACUGUAAUAAGAAUUUUGCGUUACUGGUUCUCGUCCAUUGACAGAUAAGUUUGUGGCAUUGUAUGUAGAAAUUAUCCUAUCAUCCUAUCGUCUAUGGACAUAGAAAGUAAUCAAUAUUAUUUGUAGGCUUCCAAUACCAUCAGCUAAACACAAUAGAUAUAAGAUCCAUAAGGAAAUUGAGUUAGGGAGGGAAAAAGGGGAUUUCGCGACAAGCUCGAGCGUGUCGGAUUAACCGAUUCAAUGCGG